GCCGCCUCUUCCCUCAUCGUCGGCCCUUGGCGUACAGGAUACAGCUCCCCCCGGCCCCGGCCCCGGCCCCGGCCCCGGCCCCAGAGACGCAGCAAUCAGCAUCGCUGCAACAGGCAGGUACAUAGUGAUAGAUCACUGUGGCUGCUGUGGCCAAGACGCUGCCAAGGGACAAGCACCCGACACGUGCGAUGGUUCUCCUCACUGAUUCAUCGUCGUCCGAUGUUCAUGCUGUCACCAGGAAGGAUUUGCAUCCCCAAGGGCACAAACUAUCAUGGCCAGGCGAGCCAGGUUCACCAAAGACUGGCAAACCUUGGUCCCAGCACGCAUUUUCUCGAUGGGUAGACAGCUAGCUGCUGUAGCUACCCUUGCCAUUGCGUACCUGACGAUCGGGUCCGAUGAUGGCAGGUACAGUAGCAGGUUCAUAUAUAAGAACGAAGGGACCUUGAUGUCUGCAGCAAGCUACAGCUGCUCCCAGUACAGCUUCAGCGACAGCUACAGCUACAGCUCCCAGCUUCCAAUUGAGUUCCGUCAGUCAGUCAAUCAGCUGUGACACUGUCCAUUCCUACCAGCCACAGCCAUGGUUUCAGUAUCCAGAAUCGCUCUGGCGGUCUCGUCGAUCGUUACCUUGACAGCUGCACAAACAUUCCAGCGUCUUGGAGCUUGUCCCACUUUGGGUUGUGUCCUUCCUCCUGAUCAGACCGAUUUCCUCGCUGGACAAUACUUUGACAUUCGUUUGGAGGUCCAUGCCCCAGUCAAUGGUUCCGAGGCAAAUGGAGGUAUCCCUGAUCCCAACUUCAGCUUCACAAUUGCCAAAGCUGGUGGUGCAGCUCAGCCAGCAACCUCCUUCUUCAAGAUUGCCGAACCCACUCUUGAACGCUGGAAUUUUACCUGGUAUGAAGACCUCUUCGCUCAAGAUGCCAAAACUCCAUCGGUAGUUCGUGUCACUUCCAAGGCAUACAGACGAGUUGCCUUGUACGAGCCUGGAGAGUACACUGCCACUCUUAGCUACUACAAUGGCACCAAGACAGUCGCCAAUUGGGUCGUACGCCCACUUCAAGAGCAGAAGCGUGCUAAGAACGUAAUUCUCUUCAUUGGUGACGGUAUGACCACCAAUAUGAUCACGGCAGCACGCUUGAUCGGACACAAGAGCAUCAAUGGAAAGUACCAGACUACUAUGCAAAUGGACAAGUUCCCAGUGCUGGGACAUCAAAUGACACACUCCCUCGACAGCUACAUCACCGAUUCUGCCAACUCCGCAUCAGCACUUUACUCUGGACACAAGUCAAGCGUCAAUGCUAUGGGAGUUUAUGCCGAUUCAAGUGCGGAUCCCUUCGAUGAUCCCAAGGUUGAGACCAUUGUCGAGUUGCUCACUCGUAUUUGGGGAAGUGCCAUUGGUGUUGUCAGCACAGCUUUCAUCGCAGAUGCAACCCCAAUUGCCUUGACUGGACACACCCGAGCUCGUUCACAAUACGGUGCUUUGAUCGAACAGUCUCUUCGUGGAGUCACCAACUACACUUGGACCCCAUACUCUGGAGCUGAUGUGUUCUUUGGUGCCGGUGCUGAACAGUUCAUUGCUGGAUCAGGAUCAUACCAACGCAAGGAUUACUACCAAGAGUUCGCCAAUGCUGGAUACUCUGUUUCAAUGAAUAAGACUUCUCUCGAGGCACUCACAGCCGACAACAAGGCACUUGGUAUCUUCUGUACUUCCAACCUUCCCGUUUGGCUUGACAGAAAUGUCUACAAGGCCAACCUGAACAAGACCACCAAUGACCCAUCCGGCAACAAGCAACCUGCUCUUGAUCUCCCUGGACUCAAGGAGAUGACGCUCAAGGCCAUCGAUAUUCUCCACGAGCGUGGUGGAGACAAGGGUUUCUUCAUGAUGUCAGAGGCUGCUUCCAUCGACAAACAGAUGCACACUCUUGAUUACGAUCGUGCAUUGGGUGAUCUUUUGGAGUUGGAUGAUACUGUCAAGGCCACCAUCGAGAGAUUGACUGAGCUUGGCGAGUUGAACAACACUCUCAUCAUCGUCACUGCCGAUCACGGCCACGGAUUCGACGUCUUCGGAUCCGCUGACACCACAUACCUCAGCUCCCAAGGCAACGACCGCGAGAAGCGCAACGCCAUCGGUGUCUACCAGAACUCCGGACUGAGCCAGUACACCGUCACCAACGCCAGCAUCUCAUACAACACCGGUGUCAACUUCCCCGUCAACUGGGAUCCCAGAUAUACUCUUGCUCAAGGAGUUGGAGCUCAUCCUGAUGUUAGGGAGAACUACAAGGUCCACAAGUCUGGACCUCGUCUCCCAGCUACCAACAUCACUGGCUUCCCAUCAAACGAUUACUACGUCAACCCAACCGAUAACCCAGAUGGAUUUAUCGUCAACGGAACCAUCCAAACAUACGAAGCCCAAGGCGUCCACUCCCUCACCGACGUCCCCGUCUUCGCCAUGGGCCCCUGCCAAGAGCUCUUCGGCGGCGUCUACGGCAACAUCGACAUCUUCUUCAACAUGGCCGAGUGUCUCGGCCUCGCCCGCGGCAGUGGCGCAUCGCCAUCGAGCAACUCUACCGCUUCCGGCCCGUCGGCCUCGUCGAGCAGCGUGUUUACGGGUAAGGCGCCGGUGAAUACCGUUCAGAGGGGAUUGUGGGUGGGUAUGUUAGUCUUUCAGAUGGCGAUUGGGUGGUUUGUUGUGGGGUUGUGAGGGAUGGGUUGUGAGUGCUGAUGGUGGUGGGUGAUAAGUGAUAGAUAUGGUAUGAGAUGAAUGUUUUUGAAAUGAAUGAAUAUAUAUGUAAUGGAUAAUGAGAGAUGAAUUACCUCCAAACCUUAUACCGAG